UGUUUUGUAAACAAGCGAACUGCGUCAGACAUGUCGAUAUUUAUAUUAGACUGAAAACGUAAAAAAAAAAUCGAAUUUGCUGACAAUACCAUGGUGGAACCUAUCUUUGAUUUUCAAUUUAGACUCAUUUUGAUCGGCGACAGUACUGUGGGAAAGUCGUCUUUAUUGAAAUACUUCACAGACGGAAAGUUUUCGGAAGAGUGUGAUCCCACAGUGGGAGUUGAUUUCUAUGCACGACUCAUUGAAGUUAAACAAGGUGUAAGGGUGAAACUGCAGCUAUGGGAUACGGCAGGACAGGAACGAUUUCGAUCUAUAACCCGAUCAUACUACAGGAAUUCAGUUGGAGCAUUGAUAGUAUUUGACAUCACAAAUCGAAAAAGCUUUGAAAAUUUAGCAGGCUGGCUGCACGAAUCAAGGGCUCACAUUGAACCACAGAAAGUAGUGUAUGUUGUUGUGGGCCACAAAGCUGACAGGGAUGAUGAAAGACAAGUCACUACACGGGAGGGCAGAAUGUUUGCAGAAAUGAAUGGACUGAAAUACAUAGAAACCUCCGCUAAGACUGGUCAAAAUGUGGAAGAGGCAUUCCUCCUUGUAGCACGAGAAGUGCACGCAUUGUUGGAGCAGGGAAAGAUUCGUGUGGAAGAGGGUUGGGACGGAGUGAAGAGUGGAUUUGCCCGACCAGCACAGCCAUUCCAUGUAGCUGAGGGAGAAAAUGAAAGUGGAGGAUGUUGUUAGUGCACGUGGAUGUAUUUGUUUGUAUUUCAUUGGUCAGUGGGUGUCAUGUGAUCAUGACCAUACACAUAAAGUAUUUCAUUGGACAGUGGUGUCAUGUGAUCAUGGCCAUACUCAUGAUUUGAACUUGGUGUUUUAAGUACAUUAUGUAUUGAUUGCAAUUCAGUUAAACAGUGAAACUUAAUGGGUUUAUUAAACUGUGAAUGCAAUGUUGUAUUGAAUCAGUACAUCAACUUGUAAUUUGUUUGAUUAAACUUUGAUUAAACUUAAAAAUAUUUUAACAAUACAGAGUUUCCCAUCGAAGAAUAACAAUGACAUAUAUACAUAUUGCAACUUCUUUGUAUUUAAUUUCCUUUCAAUUUGUUGAAUUUGUUAUUUUUUAAUUUGUCAUUGUUUUGUUUUUAUAUUCACAGCAAAUGCAUGUUCUUCCAUUAUUAAUUUUAAUGCACAUCUUUUCUAAAAAAAAAGGAUUUUCAUCCCCUUUGCACAAACAUUAACUUAUGGAGUAGAUUGAAAUUCAAAAUGUUAAUUUGAUGUAAAUUUUAUGGCUUAAAAAAAAAAUGUAAACUAAGUCCCCAUGCAGAGUAACUUUUGAAAAAUGAAUGUCUGAUACACAUAAUUAAAAUUGUCACUGCCAAUGAAUCAAAAGAAAUAUCUACAUAUAUGUGACAUGGUUCUAGAAACUGUAUUUUGCACUAUCUGAAUGUAUGUGUGUAUGUAUUGACAUGGAGGAAAAAGAUAUACUGCAAGAUAUAUCUAAUAUGUCAAGUGUAAAUUUUCUUCUUUAAGAAAGCUUGAAGAUUUGUAAUGGUGCAAUCUAAAAAAAAAUGAUCUUGUCAUUUUGUCACAUAUAUUUGUAAGAGUUGUGAGUUUGUUAUUUAUUCAGAUUUUUUGCAUUGUGUUUAUGCAUAAGAUGUGAUAUUUUUUUGUCUCUUAUUUUUAAAAAAGUUGGAUUAAUAAGUAAUGGGUUUAAAAUAGUCAGUGGAUGGAUUCAAACAAACAGUUUUAUUUUACAUUGUAGAUCAUAGUAAUAUUGCACUAACUUUUCCAAAAAAUUUCAAGGCUUCAGAAACUCAGAUUUUGUAGGAGUUAUUGCCCCUAUUAUCUAGUUUUGUAGUAAUUUUAUUUUCAAGAUUUUGUUAAAUAUCCAUAUGGGAUAGGGAGGGUCGAAAUUUUUUUAUCAUUGUAAGAAUUUUUCAAAAUAAAAUAAGUUAAAACAAUAGGCAACUAUUUAUGACUUAAGUGUUAAAUUUUGAUUUGCUGUUUAAAAUUCUUAAAUGAUUGAUUCAUAUAAUAAUGCUCAGAAAAAUAGCCAGUGGACUUUUAAGCAGAGGUAUAUUUCAAAGUUGAAUGUAUACGGUUAGAUUAAUUGAUACUCAGUAUUGAAGGUCUUUCAUUGUCAUAAUAUUAUUUAAUUAGAUGCCAUAAUACUGCACCACAUGAGAUGUUCUUUUGUGAUGAACUGUAGGGUAGAAAAUUAUAAAACUUAUACACAGACAUGGAGUGUUCAUUUGUGAUGAACUGUAGGGUAGAGAAUUAUAAAAGUUUUACACAGGCAUGGAGAGUGUUUAUGUGUCAUGAAUUGUAGGGUAGAAAAAGAAAAUCAAACUCCAUCACUGUGAUUCAUAUCAGUGCUCUAUUGUUUUUCUUCUUUUUUUGUGAUAAUUUUUAGUUUUUGCUGUUUUAUUUAUUUGCCAUUUUGUUUUCCACCAAGGAUAUACUAUGUAUAUGCAUGUGCAAUAAUCAAAUUUAAUGAAAUAAAUGUGCUUUGCAAUUAA